GCUCGGCCGGGAGCAGCGCGCAGGCAGCACCGCAGCUUCGCUGCCGUCUGGCGGAGCGGGGCCAAGAGAAACGGCCGGCGGGAAACGCCGCGCCCCCUCGCUGCUUCUGUUCCCCCGCGUCCCCCUGAGCCGCUCCCCGCCUGGGUCCCGCGGGUGCAGCAUGAAGUGCGGCGAUGGCCCGGAGAGGUAAGACGGCGGUGAGGACGCUGGAAGACCUGACGCUGGACUCCGGGUAUGGUGGUGCGGCGGACUCGGUGCGCUCCUCCAACUUGUCGCUGUGCUGCUCGGAUUCGCACCCCGCGUACCCCUAUGGAGGAAGCUGCUGGCCGCACCUAACUGACUCCAUGCACAGUCGGCACAACAGCUUCGACACCGUCAACACCGUCCUAGCGGAAGACUCCGAGGUGCUGGACUGCGCGGGGCAGCAGUGCUCCCGGCUCCUGCCCGACCUUGAGGAGGUCCCCUGGAGCCUGGAGGAGGUGGAGGCACUGCUGCUGCCGCCGCCGCCGCGCCGGGAGCCGCGGGCGCCGGUCGCCGCCAGCCCCGGGAGCCGGGAUGCGGCGGCGCGGCUCUCGACGCUGGUGAGCCGGGCGCUGGUGCGCAUCGCUCGGGAGGCGCAGCGACUGAGCCUCCGCUUCGCCAAGUGCACCAAGCACGAGGUGCGGAGCGCCAUGGAAAUCGUCCUGGGCUGGACGCUGGCGGCCCGCUGCACGGCAGCCGCCCUCGGCGCUCUCUCCCUAUACAACAUGAGCGGCAGCGGCGGCGACCGCUUCAGCCGCGGAAAGUCGGCCCGGUGCGGACUGGCCUUCUCCGUGGGCAAGUUCUACCGCUGGAUGGUGGACAGCCGCGUGGCCCUGCGCAUCCACGAGCACGCCGCCAUCUACCUCACCGCCGGCACCGAGAGCCUCUUCCGCGACAUCCACGCGCGGGUGCUGGCCGGUCCCGCCAAGGAGAAGGAGGGCGGAGAGGCGCCCCGCUUCACCCUGGAGGCGCUGGAACAGACGGUCAACAACGACCCCGAGCUCUGGGGCUUGCUGCAGCCCUACCAGCACCUCAUCUGCGGAAAGAACGCCAGCGGUGUUCUGUGCCUGCCAGACAGCUUGAACCUUCACAAGGAUCAGCAAAGGUCAAACAAGCCUGGGGAGGUGCAGAUGUUCAGCCAGUCAGAGCUGAGGACCAUCGAGCAGUCUCUACUUGCCACACGUGUGGGGAGCAUCGCUGAACUCAGUGACCUGGUGUCUCGGGCGAUGCACCACCUGCAGCCCCUGAAUGCCAAGCAGCACGGCAACGGGACACCGAUGCACCAGAAGCAGGGAUCCUUCUACUGGGAGCCGGAGGCCCUCUACACCCUUUGCUACUUCAUGCACUGUCCACAGAUGGAGUGGGAAAACCCCAACGUGGAGCCCUCCAAAGUCACGCUGCAGACUGAGAGGCCGUUCAUCGUGCUGCCUCCGCUGAUGGAGUGGAUUCGGGUGGCGGUGGCUCACGCGGGGCACCGGCGCAGUUUCUCGGUGGACAGCGAUGACGUACGGCAGGCGGCCAGGCUCCUGCUGCCGGGAGUUGACUGCGAGCCUCGACAGUUAAAGAUUGACGACUGUUUCUGUGCCUCUCGGAAGCUGGAUGCAGUUGCCACCGAGGCCAAGUUCAAGCAAGACCUGGGUUUUCGGAUGCUCAACUGCGGCCGGACGGAUCUGGUUAAGCAAGCCAUAUCCUUGCUGGGGCCGGAUGGGAUCAACAGCAUGAGCGAGCAGGGCAUGACUCCACUGAUGUAUGCUUGUGUCAGGGGUGAUGAGGCUAUGGUGCAGAUGCUGCUAGAUGCUGGAGCAGAUCUGAAUGCUGAGGUUGUCAGUACUGCUCAUAAAUACCCAUCCGUCCACCCUGAGACCCGCCAUUGGACAGCUCUGACAUUUGCUGUGUUGCAUGGACAUAUUCCUGUAGUUCAGCUAUUGCUGGAUGCUGGAGCAAAGGUAGAAGGUUCCUUAGAGCAUGGAGAGGAAAAUUACUCUGAAACUCCUUUACAGCUCGCAGCAGCUGCUGGAAAUUUUGAACUGGUGAGUUUGCUGUUGGAGCGAGGAGCUGACCCCAUGAUAGGAACAAUGUACAGGAACGGCAUUUCCAUGACUCCACAAGGUGACAUGAACUCUUUCAGUCAGGCUGCUGCACAUGGACACAGGAAUGUUUUCCGCAAGCUGCUUGCUCAGCCAGAGAAGGAGAAGAGCGAUAUCCUGUCCCUGGAGGAGAUCCUGGCUGAGGGCACGGACUUGCCCGACUCGGCAGCAGCUCCUCUCUGCGCCAGCCGCAACAGCAAGGCCAAGCUGAAGGCCCUGAAGGAGGCCAUGUACCACAGCGCCGAGCACGGCUACGUGGACGUCACCAUCGACAUCCGGAGCAUAGGUGUUCCCUGGACGCUGCACACGUGGCUGGAGUCCCUGCGCACGUCCUUCCAGCAGCACCGACGGCCCCUCAUCCAGUGCUUGCUAAAGGAGUUCAAGUCCAUUCAGGAAGAGGAGUACACUGAGGAGCUUAUCACACAAGGAUUGCCUCUGAUGUUUGAGAUACUGAAGGCCAGCAAGAACGAGGUGAUCAGCCAGCAGCUCUCUGUCAUUUUCACUCAUUGCUAUGGACCCUACCCAAUUCCAAAGCUCGUGGAAAUUAAGCGCAAGCAGACCUCCCGCCUGGAUCCCCAUUUUCUUAACAAUAAAGAGAUGUCAGAUGUCACAUUUCUGGUGGAAGGAAGACCAUUUUAUGCACAUCGAGUGUUGCUAUUUACUGCAUCACCAAGGUUUAAAGCACUGCUGUCUAGCAAGCCCUCAUCUGAUAGUACUUGUAUUGAGAUCAACUAUGUGAAGUACCCCAUCUUUCAGCUGGUUAUGCAGUAUCUUUAUUAUGGAGGUGCAGAGUCACUCCUGAUUAAAAAUAAUGAAAUUAUGGAGCUUCUCUCUGCUGCUAAAUUUUUCCAGCUUGAAGCUUUACAACGACACUGUGAGAUCAUUUGUGCAAAAAGCAUUAAUACAGAAAACUGCGUGGAUAUUUAUAAUCAUGCCAAGUUCCUCGGCGUCACAGAACUAUCUGCCUAUUGUGAAGGCUACUUUCUAAAAAAUAUGAUGGUCCUCAUUGAAAACGAAGCUUUCAAGCAGUUGUUGUAUGACAAGAAUGGAGAAACAUCUGGUCAGAAUGUACUAGAGGACUUACAGAGGACGUUGGCCACAAGGAUUCAGUCAAUUCAUUUGUCUUCUUCAAAGGGCUCCGUUGUGUAAAGCCGAGGAAGAUGGUAACCCUCUAAUCAAGGACCCUGCAAGUUAAGUCUGCUGUUGCAGUUGCUUAAAUGACUACAAAAAAAGAAAAUGUAAAAAAUUCUACAUCGCAUCCAAAUAGUUCUGUUUCGGCCAAAGGUGCUGCACUGGGGCUGCAUCCCCACCUGGAUGAGAGAAUACAAAAAACAAAGUUCCUCCCUGGUUUUGAGCAAGCUGGGUACCAGAGUAUCUGGUGAAUUGCUCUUGUACUCACAUUCUGAACACGAGCCUGUUCGUGGAGCUUGAUGCCAACAAAAGCCAGAAGUCACACCAGUGAACAGCAGAAGUCCCUGCCUGAAGGGUAGUGCUGGGGAACACCUGAAUUUACCAAUUAAUCAUUUAAGUCAGAUUUGUUCCAGUGUUACACAGUUAAGAACUAUAUCUAUCCCAGAGUCCAUUAUCUCGUGCAUUUAAGAAAUGUAAGAACUGUUAUUGCUGUCCAGCAAAGAUCAGCUGUAUUAGAGAGUGGGUAAGACUGUUGAGGAAAUAUACUGGCAGAUUUUUAGGGGUGGGAACUUUUUAAACUGUUCAUAAAAAAUAAUGGGGUGGCCUUGUUGUUUAAAACCUAUUUCUUAAGCUUAAAAUUUCAUUUUCAACAGAGUUGUGUUUGAGAAUCUAUGUAACAUGUUUUGGUUUUUUAAAUGGUAAAAUGUACAUUGUGUAAACACACAUAUGGUCAAGUUUUGCUUGUAUUCUUUCCUAGGGUGGUAUAAUCUUGCCUGAGAGGCUAUGGUUACACCAAAGAGACACAUUACCCAGACUGUCUCUAAUACAGUAGUUGGGGGGGGCAGGAGAACUGCAUGCUACUCGUGAUUUGGGGUUGAAAUCAACGACAGACUCAACAAACAUGCGUUUGCAUGGUAACUGUACCUGUGAAAUGUUGUGCUUCGUUUCGCCAAGACAAAUGCAAUGUUACUUCUUGUCAAACUUCAUUUGUGAAAUUAGCUUAUUUUUUUAUCUGGUGCGAUUGGCUGCGAUACGAUCCCCCUGGAGCUCCUUCUCGAGGUGCUGAUUUCCGUUUGUUGCAGUGGAGAGAUAAUAACAGAUCUUCACUUUAGUGAUGUGUGGAUAUUUUGCUACUGGCCAGAGAUUGUGUCUGAGUUAGACUUUUUAAAAUCAUAAUUAAAUAUGUACUAUAGA